AUGGCGGACUUUAAUUUCAGGCAACAGUUUCCGUAUUUUAGAGGUGAUGGUUCAUUUAGAACACAGGGUGCUAGUUAUCGACCUAAUGGAUACCAUCAACAUCAACGUUUCCAAAAUUUCAAUUGGGGGAUUCCUCCCCGUGGUUAUUUCAACCCACGCUUCCGUUAUGAUACUCCACGAAUGAUAGGCCUACGAGAUAGAAGCUUCCAGUCGAGUAGGCCUACUUAUUUCAAUUCCAGGUACACACAAUGCCAAUGGUACAGCGGCCUGGAAACCACAGGUAGCAAAGGAUACAAUCAAAAUAAAGGAAAUUUCGCAGGAAAACAGGACAAUAAAGCAUUCGGAACCUACUUAGAUAAAUUAAGAGCAGCAGUGGAUAGGAGGGAAGACGAGGCAGCUGAAUAUCUACUAAAUAACUUUAUAUCUACAACAUUAAUCAAAUCUGUGAAAGAACUGAAUAGAGAGAACGGUAAAAUUGGCAAGCAUGCUGACAGGGUCAAAUACAAGAAACCGAAAAAAUUUAAUAAAAAUGAUCAAAUAAAGGCCUAUGCCAUUGAUUAUAAGCUAGAGUUUAUAAUAACAUCAGAACCAGAAAUUGGAUUUGUAAGAGAAAGAGGAGGCGAGGGCUGUUUUGUAGAAAUGGGUCCGAUAGUUGAAGAAGAUCUUCAGAAAAUAUCUAAAUAUCUCUUAGAAACAGAAUUUGACCGUGUGUCAUUUACAGGUUUAGAUGAAGAGAUGAUGAAGUUUUAUGUCCUGAUGAACAGUGUAGAUUUUCUGGUCAUUCCCUCUAAAAAUCUGGUUUACGAAAGAAACAAAAUCGCCGGAGGUCUCUUCACCAAAUCUAAACGUACGAUGGAAGAUAUCGAUGACUUGUAUUUAGAAGAAUGCCCUGUUAUCUUUCUUGAAGGUUAUCGCGAAACAGCUGAAACAACUGAAGUUGAACUAAAUAAAAAGAAAAGUGUUGGAUUUCUGGAAAGAGCAAGAAGAUCAUUGAGUAGGAUGCUGUGGAAGAAUUGAAGAAUUUGAUACCAGAUAUAUUAUUAUUACAGUAUAAGGGUAGAAUUAGCUAUGUAGAAUGUAUAAUGAAAAUUUUAUACGUAUAAGACACGGCAGAUUUGUUUGACUUACAAACCGACAAGCAUAUAAAUACUCAUUUGAGAAAAACAAUAAAUAUGAAACAAGGGGGCGCAACUCGUGCUCUCAAGACUCGAUCAGUUCAUCAACCAGUGAGUUAGGCUUACCGUUUGUAACACUAAGGAAAUUUCAUUUUACAAAUUUUGAGUAUACCUCAUAUCCUGUGAGUCGGAGAAGGUAGAAAUUCCCCCGGAAAUAUAUCUGUAACCUCCCGACUGUGUAUGAAAUAUCCCCAGGAUUUUGAAAAUAUCGCUAGGAAUAUAUCUCCUGAAAUUCUACUAGAGGGUUAUAAAUUACUAAAUUAAUUAAUUGGAGAAUAAUCAGUGCCAUAAAUUUAUGACUUU